CUUUUUCUUUUAAUGACGUCACCCACCAACUAGUAUGAACGCACGCAACAACUAGUUGAGGGUGGUAUAUGCGUGUAUUUGUUUUCCACCGAACUUGGUUUAUAAGCCCAGUAAUACAUACACACACACACACACACACACAUUUAUAUACACCUUCUGUUAUAGUUAGGCAGAUUUAGAAACUUUUCUGUAAAAACAAGCUCGCCGAUCACCAGCCAACCAACCAUUCCUAAGAGAAAGAAAGAAAGAAGAAAUCAAAACAAAAGAAAGCGAUAUUACAACACAACAAACAAACAAAUAAAUUAAACAAAAGUUGCUUGCUUUUGCUUCUUGGCUGCUGGUUUUCAAAGGAAAAGCAUAGCAGAUCGCCUCCUUCACGGACACAUCAAGCUUUCGUCGUCAUUAAGUUAUUUUUUCUAAGAGCUUCACUAUAAUUUUAAUUUCGAAUCUCUUUUUCCUUCCUUUCCUUCUGUUUGGGGGAAAAACAAAUAUAAUUUUUUAGUUUUAAGCUCUCAUACAUAUAUAUAUAUAUACAGAGAAAUUCAAACUAUUUUCGCGAUCUCUUUUAUUGUUAUUGAGUUUAUUGUUGGCUGUCCUUUUAAACCGGAAUGGAUAACACAGUCUACGCACAAGCUGGAACCCUUAAUAUCUCCCUAAAAAGGGCAGAUGGAGGUAUAUCCUGGGGGUUCCGACUCCAAGGCGGAAUUGAUUUCAGUACACCGCUCUCCAUCCAAUCUGUACAACCUGGUAGCAUUGCAGAUUGUGCUGGGGCUAAGGCUGGUGAUGGUAUCUUGAGGAUAAACAACACAACUACAGACCACCUCACUCAUGAGCAGGCUAAAAUGGAAAUUAUUCGAUCAGCAAAUGAGAUUAAUUUGCUUGUGAAAAGAGGUGCUGUAACUAUCUGGAAACCAAAAGUAACACCAUUAGCAGAACUUCGUCCAACAGAACUAAAACCAGUCAUAUCUGCUACAGGCGAUGAAGUAAUGGCAGUCCAGAAGACAUCACUUGCUAAAGAAUAUGUAGAUGAAACCUGUACUAUUGGUAGCAGCCACAAUCGUUCCGCUAGACCUUUUAACAACCCUGGAGCAUUUUCACCAAGAAGUAUCCAGCCAGUACCCAAUGUAGUUCAUGCCCAAUUCAACUCACCCAUUUCCUUGUAUUCUGCUGACAAUCUAGCUGAAACUUAUUCUGAUCAGACUGCAAAACUUGCAGAAAACUUGAACAAGAUGGAUGUGAGUAACUAUCCUGUUGGUUCUCAGAUUGUUGCUGGUGGUUACCGACCUGUUGCAGCUCCAAGUCCUCCAGGUGAUGAAACGAAUGCAUGUAGUGAUUCUACUACAAAUGAGCUUGCUACGCAUGAACAACAUUCUACAACAUUUGGUCGGCUGGAAGAUGCGCUUAACAAAGCUGAGGUUGACAAAUGGAACAAGCUGUUGGAAAAAUUUGAUGUGGUCCAUCAACUGGAUAAGCCACCUCGCAAUUAUAUUGAAGUUCACGUUGUUAAAAUAUGGAAUUUUGAUCACUGAUACAGAAUGAAGCCACUGUUCACUACUGCCAUUGCCAAAGACAUGCCUUCUGGUUUCCGUUCAGUCUGUGCCCCAAAGACUGAUUUCGAUGCUGUUCAGAAGCAACAACAACAGAUUCAACAUAUGCGCUGUGGAGGAUGUGAUAUGCUUGUUAC